UUCCCAAGUCCCGCCUCUUUUCCUCAAUCUCUCUCUCUCUCUCUUCGAUUACUUAUCACCAGCUUCCGACACACUCUCUCUAAAGAAAAAUGCAGGAGCAAGCGACAAGCUCUCUACCAUCAAGCAGCGAGAGAUCAUCAAGCUCUAAUCCGCAUUUGGAGAUCAAAGAAGGAAUCGAAAGCGAUGAGGAGAUACGGCGAGUUCCGGAGUUCGGAGGAGAAGCCACCGGAAAAGAAGCCUCUGGAUCGGCGAAUGGUCAGGACAGGACACAGAUAGCUGUCGGAGAAGGUCAGAGGAAGCGAGGGAGGACUCCGGCUGAGAAAGAGACCAAGCGGCUAAAGAGGUUGUUGAGGAACAGAGUGUCAGCACAGCAAGCAAGAGAGAGGAAGAAAGCGUACUUGGGUGAGUUGGAGACCAGAGUGAAAGACUUGGAGAACAGAAACUCUGAACUUGAAGAGAGACUCUCUACUUUGCAGAACGAGAACCAGAUGCUUAGACAGAUUCUGAAGAACACAACAGGAAACAAGAGAGGAGGAGGAGGAGGAGGAGGUGGUUCUAACGCUGAUGCAAGCCUUUGAUCUCCCUUGUUCUUGUUUUUGUGCUAUUUAUGUGGAUAAAAUUUUACAGGGAAACGUAUUAAUAAUAAAUUAUUGUACAAUUUUUAUAUUUGCAAUGGGAUGUGACUUGUGAGAUAUUAUAUAGUUAUCUUGUAAUCUUUAGUCUUUUUUU